CGCCGUACCCAUCUUCCAAGCCGCCGGGAAUUUCGACGUUGUCGGAAAACCGGAUUUCGCGUACCAGAAAGGGUCGUCUCCGAUGGCUUCCACGCUUCACGGCGCUUCGAUUCUUCUCCGAUUGUCAAGCAACUGGGAUUGGUUUAUCAAUCUCAGGGCGGAUGAUUACCCUCUCGUUACUCAAGAUGACUUUCUUCACAUCUUGUCGCAUUUGCCGAAGGAAUUGAACUUUGUGAACCAUACAAGCUACAUUGGCUGGAGAGAAUCUAGGAGGUUGAAGCCAAUUAUAGUUGAUCCUGGGCUCUAUCUCGUGGAGAAAACCGAUAUGUUUUAUGCUACUCAGAAGCGGGAGUUGCCUAAGGCGUUCAGGUUAUUCUCAGGUCCAUCUUUCUCCAUCUUAACCCGUAACUUCGUCGAGCAUUGUGUGUUGGGCACUGACAACUUCCCUCGAACUCUACUCAUGUACUUGUCCAAUACACCCUCUUCAAUCUCCAACUACUUCCCGACUGUCCUCUGCAGCUCGAAUCAGUUCAGAAAGACCAUUAUUAACCACAACUUACUGUAUCUAGCUCGCAACGAAACUUCACGGGAGAAAUACCACCAUCUUGAUUCAAAAGAAUUCUCAACUAUGGUCGGAAGUGGAGCAGCAUUUGCGAGAGGAUUCAGACAUGAUGAUCCAAUUCUUGAUCGCAUCGAUCAAGAACUUCUUGGCCGCAACCCAGGUGAAGAAGUUGUGCCUGGUGGGUGGUGCUUGGCUGACUCUUCUAACAAUAUUAGCUCCUGUUCCAUCUGGGGUGAUGCGGGUGUUCUUCGUCCUGGUCCUGGAUCAGACAGGCUUCAGAGACGCAUAGUUCAGUUACUGUCGGAUGAUUGGUUCAAAUCUCACCAAUGUGUGGUCGAAUGAUUCUCUCUCAUAACAGGUAGAUUGUAUGAGCAUGAAGGUUUUGUCUUCUCCCCUGCGAAAAUUCUCGCAGUUCUGUAUCGGUAGAAGUUCCAGCCAGAUGUAUCUGAGCUCAGAUGAGAUUGUUGUAAAAGAAAAACAAAAAAGCAAGAUCACUGUCUUUGAUUUUAUCUCCAAAUUGGUUGAACA